AUGGAGAUAAUCACAGCAGUAUCCAAACUGGACGUAGUGUUGUUACGGAAACUAAUUGAUGGACCCGAGUCGGCUCAGCAUGAUAUUAAUUUUGCGGGACCAGAUGAUGGACGAACGGCUUUGCAUAUUGCUGCCAGUAAUGGCAGUAGUGCAUGUCUUGAAAUGCUACUUCAACAGCCUACAAUUAAUAUUGACGCUGUAGAUUUACAAGGCAACACCGCUUUGCAUUUGGCUGCUGCCUGUCGAGAAAUGGAUGCUGUGCGGCGGAUUCUUAGCUAUGGGCCGGAUUUGCUAAUCAAAAAUAAAUUAGGCAACUGUGCUUGCGAAUAUACUGACGAUCCUCAAAUCGAAUCACUUAUCCAAGAACGCAUCACUGCAUCUCGAAAUAUAUUGCAGGCAAGCCAGUUGAUGAGUGCAUGGAAAAAAACACAAUUGGGCCAGCUUGACAGCGAACUACCUUCAGAUCCUGUCAAACUCAAGGAGCUUUGCAUAGAAUUACUUAUAGGACAAGCCAUAUUUGAAGACAGAUGCCAGGACGCUCUUCAUCAGCUUAUUGAAGAAAAGCACAUAUCAAUGUACAAAAAUCGACUAAUGGAACAAUCAGUCGGUAUUCCAGAUAGAGAAACCGGAGAAAAGUAUAUGAUGCAGCUUCAGUUUUGGCAGGACGAAAUUGAGCGACAGGCUUCAACUAUAUCGUAUUUAAAGUUGCAAAUCCAAGUUCUUGAAACUACAGCAGCGCAACAGGAGGAUUACUACAAACAAAAUCUAGCAAAUAUCACAAAGCAGCAGAAAGAUCAAGUUCAAACUAUUUUUAAACGUGCAGAAGAAACAGAACGAGCAUUUUUGAACUAUCAAAAAAAACAUUCCGAAGAUGCUAUUAAAGCAAGUCAGUUGCACAUUUUAAACGAAAAUGCUGAUGCUAGUGUUGCUUCAAAAGAAACUGAAGACUCUGAAGGAAAUACAAAAAUAUACAGACAAUAUAUUGAAGUGAAGGCUCAGUUGGAUGAUGCCGAAGCGCAACGCAUUAUGCUUGAGGAGCGUUUCAAGUCAAGUGAGAAUCUUAGAAUGUUGGCGGAAUUAGAAGCACAGGAUCUUCGUGCAGAAAUUGAGAAACUUCGCAAAGGCAUUACUGAAAAAGUCAUGUUCCAAAUCGAGGAAGGGCAGCAGAAACAAAACAAACAAGACGAAAAAGAUGAAUCACUUGGAGAAAUUAUAUUUUUAAAAAACGAAGCAGGCCAAAAAAGUGUCAAGGCUGGGACAAUCGACAAACUUAUUGAGCGUCUUGUAGAUCCUGCAACUUAUGACAACCAAUACUUGCAGGCAUUACUGCUAACCCAUACUGUUUAUAUUGACAGCAAGGAAUUGCUUGAACGAAUCACAAAGAUUUGCCGCGAUAGUAUUAGCUCAGCAUCCAAAUCUCUAGAACCUGGAUCAACUUCGUCUAAUUCAUCGUCUGUUAUUCUAAAGGCUGCAAAUAUGAUCAAGUAUUGGAUGGAGCAGUAUUGGUCUGAUUUUCAGUCCAAUCCAAAGCUAGUUCAAUUGUUGACUACAUUUAUGGAUGCUCUUGAAAACCCCAAGCUUGCACAAAUGCUAAAGACAUGCAUGAACCGAAAGCUUACCGGAGUGGAAGCACCACUAAUUGAAAUGCCAUCACAAUGUCCAAAACCAAUUCUUCCAAAAGCGUUGCUAAAGCGUGUUUCUACAGACAUUGCAUCAAACCGCGAAUCAAAAAUGAUGGAAACAGUAUCUCGUCCAAUCAGUGCUCCAUGGAGUGCGUUCAACAAGAAAUCUGAAAUUUUUAUGGAUGAUUUGAAACUCAAGAUGGUUGAUUUAGAUCCCAUCGAGGUUGCUCGCCAAUUGACUUUAAUUGAAUUUGAGCUUUUUAAUGCAAUCAAGGCCCGCGAGUUUUUGGAUUUGGCUUGGAUGAAGGAUGACAAGGAAACACGUGCACCCAAUAUUAUUCGCAUGGUGCGCUGGUCUAACCAUGUCGUUCAUUGGUUGAUUACUGAAAUUGUUACCAUCAAAGACAAUAUCAAGCUUCGUGCCGCGAUGAUGGAAAAAAUUAUUGCAUUGGCUCAGCAAUUGGAAAAACUCAACAACUUUAACGGGGUCAAGGAAGUGCUUGCUGCACUUCAAUCUUCCUCUGUCUAUCGACUCAAGAAAACUAAGGAGCUGAUUGGUGGAAAAUUUAUCAAAUCUUUUGAAGAGUUGAAGCGGUUGACGUCGAGUGAGCUGAAUUACAAGCUUUUGAGAACAAAGGUUCACGCUGUAGAGCCUCCGCUUGUACCCUUUCCUGGGGUUUAUCAAGGAGAUUUGGUGUUUUUGGAAACUUGUGGCAAGACAAAAUUAGAGGGCAAUUUGAUCAACUUCCAAAAGUUUCAAAAGAUUGCCAGUUAUGUGCUUGAACUUCAGACAUAUCAGCAAGUACCCUACCAACUAGGUCCAGUGCCAGAAAUUCAAGAUUUUCUUCGGAAUUAUCCAGUUUUGGACGAUGAUCAAACAUAUGGAUUAUCACUUGCUUGCGAGCCCAGAUUUGCAACUAGAGGUGGUUUUGCAAAUACUUGA